AUGUCUAGAUCUGGUAGCAACGCCCAAACCUCUGAGAUCGAGAAAAACCGCCUCUUCGCGAACGACGUUGUCGCUGCAACACCACACCGCCACCGUUAUAAUCCUCUUAAAAGGAGAGAGGUUUGCAAGGGAGGAAGAGAAGGAGGCUCCAGUAAGCUCCUUCUACAGCCACGCACCACUGACCAGGUUUCUGAGAUUCUUAAAUACUGUAACUUCAUAUUUCUGGCUGUUGUUCCCCAAGGUGGUAACACUGGUCUUGUAGGUGGAAGUGUACCUGUUUUUGAUGAAGUUGUUGUCAGUCUUAGUGCUAUGAGUAAAAUCAUAUCCUUCGACAAGGUCAGCGGUAUAUUGGUAUGUGAAGCAGGGUGCAUAUUGGAAAAUAUAAUAUCAUUCCUGGAUAGUGAAGGCAUUCACCUAUUUAUUAUGCCACUAGGCUUAGGUGCAAAAGGGAGUUGCCAGAUUGGUGGAAAUGUUUCAACUGAUGCUGCUGGCGGGUUGCGUCUUCUUCGAUAUGGAUUCCUUCAUGGAAAUGUACUUGGUAUUGAAGCUGUUCUAGCAGACGGUACUGUACUUGACAUGCUUAAGACAUUACGCAAAGAUAAUACUGGAUAUGAUUUGAAACAUCUAUUUAUAGGAAGUGAAGGUUUCUUGGGAAUUAUUACUAAGGUUUUGAUACUUACCCCACCAAAAUUAUCUUCAGUAAAUGUGGCUUUUCUUGCUUGCAAGGAUUAUAGCAGUUGCCAGGCAUGA